GUGUAAACCCCGCCUGAAGUUGCAGUUGUUGACUGGGAACCAACAUACACUGGAUGGGAGACAUGAUUUAGUUUCCAACUGAACAAACUGAGAAUUUACAAUAACGCAGCUUCAUAAACCUCAAACACACAAUUAUGAGUGAACACCUGACAGAGCGCUACCAUGGGUCCUCGCCCGCAGACCUGAGGUUAAUUCUUUUGGGGAACAUCGGAUGUGGGAAGACAUCAUCAGCGGACACUAUACUAGGCCAUCUGUCUCCCGUCUCUGGUGACUCUAAGAGCUGUCAGGUACGACAAGGCUUUAGUCAUGGCAGGAGCGUGACCGUGGUAGAGGCUCCAAGAUGGUACUGGAGUGGUGGGAAGAUGGAAGACAGCAUUAGAAAGGAGACGGAGAGAGCUAUGACGCUGGUUGCACCAGGCCCUCAUGCUGUUUUGGUGCUUGUGCCCAUUGGCCAGUUCACAGAGAUGGAGGGUCGUGUUCCUGCAGAGUUGGAAGAAUUAUUUGGUGAGGAGGUACUGGAUCACACCAUAGUGCUGCUGACCUGUGGAGACUACUUAAUGAGAAGAACUGUGGAGAUGUACCUUCAGAGUGACCAAGGCUUGAGGCAGAUGAUUGAGAAUUGCGGGGGGAGGUACCAUGUCUUAAAUAAUCGCCAACUGCAGGACAGAGAGCAGGUCCGUGAGCUGCUGCAGAAGGUGGACAGUAUGAUGCAGAAAAAGGGAGUGUACGUCAUGAAAACGGAGCAGGAGAAAGAACUGGAGACACAAAAACAAGAACAUGUGAAAAGUUAUAGAGGAGAAGAGGAGGACAGAACAAAGAUGGCAUCCUCGUGGAGAGUCUUGGAAGCAGAAAUGCUUGAUAGAGUGGAGUCCAUCAACACCUUGGAGAGGAUGACGAGAAGAGAGGAAACUGAUAGCAGAGUCGAUGAAACCCAAAUAUUUAAUGGGCUUCAUGCAGCUCCGGUCCCGGAGCAACCGUAUUCAGAACAGAGUGGUUGCAGGCAGUCAAACAGGCCUCCCAGUUUCGCAGUGAAAACGGUAGAGGGAGCCACACACUCACAAAUUUCAGAUGGAGAAUCCUCUCCAAAAAUCAUCUCUACAGUUCGCCACAGAAUUGACAGCUUUGAGGAAAAAUCCCCUGAAGCAUCUCCUUCCUCCUCUCUUCAUUCGCCCGUCAUCUCCCCCACCUCCCACGCUUCACCAACCUUUGCCACCUCUCCUUCAUCAUCCCCCUUUCCCGACUUAGCCACCUCAUCCUCUUUGCACUCAAACUCUCCAGAGCUUCGACUGGUGUUGCUUGGGCGAUCCAGAGCAGGGAAGAGUGCAGCUGGCAACAGCAUCCUGGGCCAGGAGGCAUUUGAGUCCCAUUCAGAGAGUUUCAAAGCAAUCACUCAGAAAUGUGAGAAAAAGAAGGCCCUGGUUGAAGGAAGGAGGGUGGCAGUAGUGGACACUCCUGAUUGGUUUAACUCAGAGGAGACUCCCGAUGAGGUGCGAGCUCAGAUAUCCUCCUGCAUCGCCUUGUCUAGUCCUGGCCCUCACGCUUUCCUGCUGUGCGUUCCGGUAGACCAACCUGCAAAGAUCGAGCUGCAGGCUCUUGGGGCCCUGGAGACAAUUUUUGGCCCAGAAGCAGUCCAUAAAUACACCAUGGUCCUCUUUACCUACACAGACCAACUGAGGAAAAGUGGGAAAAUAGGAGACAGUGUGGAGGGAUACAUUGCCAGUCAGCGUAGGGAUUUGGUUAAGCUUGUAGAAGAAUGUGGGGACAGAUUUCACGUUAUGGAGAGGGGAAGAGAUUGGAGGGAGAAGAGGAAUGUGGUGGAACUUCUAGAAAAGGUGGAGCAGACGGUGAAGGAGGCUGGAGGACGGUAUUAUUCUUGUCCUGCUUUUCAGGAGGCAGAGAGCAGAGUGAAGGAGAGACAGUUAGAGAUUGCAAAGAAGAGAAUGAGCAAAAAGCCUGAGCAAGAACAAGCAGGAGAUGCUAGAGGGCUCAGCUUUGAGAGGAAUGUGCUCCGUCCAUACAUGCAGCCUGUGGCUGAGGUAGAAGAGGAUGUGAUGGAAGCGAUUGAGAAAACAAGGGAUGAGGCAGAGAUGAGUGUAAGCACCAUGAACAUAAAUAGCCUUCCUCCUAUAACACUUUCCACUGUGUCCCCAUCACUUCUCCAUUCCAUUAUGGAGAAAAUGAGUUCUAGUACAAAGAAUUUACCCAAACUGUUGGGAGAUAGCUCAGCGUGGCUUGAAGAGGGCGCAAAGAACGUGAAAAAUAGUCCGGUUUGGGGAACAGUUGGCAGUGGUGCACAGAAUGUCCAGAAGAUAAUAGUGGAUAGUUCGAUGUGGCAGAAGAUGGGAACUACUGCAGGUCAGGUCUCCAAAGCAGUAGGUGAUAGGGUUCCCAAGGUAGUGGUGGAUGGUUCUGCAUGGGUGGGAUCUGGAGCAAAAGCAGUGGCAGCAAGUCCAGUGUGGGAGCAAGUUGGUUCAGGGGCCAAAUCUGGGGCCAAGCUAGUGGCAGACAGUUCAGUGAAAGUUGGAGCUGGGAUUGGAGCUGGAGCAAAGGUGGUGGCACAAAGUCCUGUGUGGGGGAAGAUGGGCUCUGGAGCAAAAGCAGGUGCCAAAAUGGUGGCUAAGAGUUCAGUGUGGGAGAAAGUUGGAGAAGCUGCUAAAAAGGUUCCCAAAGUAGUGAUUGUGGGAACACUGCUGGGGCUGGUGCUUGGUGUGGUGUUGUGGGGGAUGAUUGGUGGAGCUAUUGGGGCAGCAGCUGGAUCUGCUGUCACUGAGGUGGGCAGAAGAAAAUUUAGUAACAAAACCACAACAGGGAAAACAAAUGAAGGUGCGAGAAAUGUGGAAGUAAUGGGGAAUAACAGAGUUGAUGAAGUGAUACAUGAAAGAGGAAAAAGUUUGAAAACUGAAUAAGGGACUGACUGAAGCAUCUAUAGACAACAAAUUUAAGAUGUGUGUGUAUGUGUUAUGUAUGUGUGUAUGUGUGUGUGUGUGUGUGUAAUGAUGGUUUUAGAUUAUUGGCUACAGUUUUCAUCUGUGUGUUUAUGUUUCAUGUAAAUAACAUGUUCAGGGUGUUGCAUAUGAAAUACUUAUUACAUGCUUUUUCAAUGUAUGCUGAAUUUAGCUAAACAGAAGUGUUUUUAAAGCAAAUUAAAAAGUAUGGUAAUGGUGGUCCUGUGCACUACUAGCAAGCUCUGUCAUAUUUUAACAAAAGAAAUCCAAACAUUGUCACCAAAUUUGAUAUAAAUGAUUAAUUACUGCUUUCUUUUUCUUUAUAGUCUAAAGUGUAAGAAAACAAAGAAAGGUUCAACCUAUCAGCUCAUGCUCAAAAUCCUCUGUGCUUUAUUAAACACAUACACCAUAAAAUGACUGCGUCUUUGUUUUCAGUGUUGUAACAAAAUGUAAAGAUGUGGCAAUUAAACGUCUCACUGUUUCACUCUUACACACUGAAUGUUUUGCGC